GACCUUUUCUGAUUGAAAUCUGUCCAAUGUCUGCCAUUGUAGACAUAAACUUUACUCAAUUUCAUCCUCUUCUCCAGAACUACUUCAGGAGUCAAUUUCAACCAAACUAAUGACAUAAAGUAUCCUUGGUUUGAUUGAAAGGGAUUCAAAUUGUUCAAAUAAAGGGCCAUCUCCCAUCCAAGGGGAGAUAAUCAAGAAAAGGCAACAAGUAGGGUAGGUGGGAUCAUUUAAGAAAUUCAAUCUUCUCAAGAUACAACUUACAUAGAAGCUUCCUGACAUAAUGAAGAUCAAGUAUGUCUAAACCUUGGCCCCCAGGGGUAGGGUGGGGCUACAACAGAAGAUUAAUAAUUUUUACAUGAAAUGUAUAGGAAAAAUCUUUUCAAAUCUUCUCACCAAAAACGAUUAAUCAUGAUAUGCCAGCAUCCUCAGGUAGUGUAGAUUCAAGUUUGUUCAAUCAUGGGUCACAGUUUUUUGUUGGAAUAUAAAGGGUAAAAUCUAUUUUAAGAAUUAACGGCUGGGUCAGGGUGACUCAGGUGAGUAUUGCGGCCUAUGGGCCUUUUGUCAGAUGGGAUGUAGAGAAAUAUACAAGAGGAAAAAUGUUUCCUCAAGGAAAUUUAGGGUUAAUCUUUUUUAGGAAAUUGCUCAUUCACAACCACUUCCAUGUAGAUAUUGUUUCGUGGUUUUAAAUUUUUUUUACCACAAAUUACGUCAUAGAAAACUGAUUAUAUAUGUAUUCAGGUGAUUUAAAAAACCAUACAAAAACUUCAAGAGGUUGAGAGUUGAGCUUUUUUCGAAUCUGGAAAUAAGCGCUUCGAAGGACUAGUUUUUGCAUUUACGCUGCAUGUCCAGAUAUCUAACUAUUUCAUUCGUGUGAGGGUAGACUGUGACACUGAGUAGCACUAUGGAAGACAUUGACAACUCCUCUGGUCUAUUUGCCUGGGCCUACGGUGGGGUGGACUUUGACCUGGCAGGGAAUGGUGGCAUUGAAUGUAGAGAUUUCAUCAGCAUCAAACAGAGAAUCAUCGAGACGUUAAUCAGCUGCGCCGCAGCGGGAAUGAUUCUGUAUGGGACCAUCUCACACCUGACUCUGCCAAAGAAUCCCGUCAUCAAACCGGAUCCGGUGGGGAAGAGGAUUCUUUUAGUGAUCCAUUGUCUGAUAUUUGGGAUUGAACUGGGCUUUAAGUUUGCUACAAAACAGAUGAUUUAUAUUGUUAACCCCUGUCAUGUGGCAACAAUGAUGCAGAUAUUCUGUCUAGCAGCACCCCCAGGGAGGCUGACCACAACCGUCUUUCGUCUUCAUCUACACAUGUUGACAGGGGCACCCAUUGCUAUCCUAUUUCCUGUAACAAAUACUCGAUUGUUGCCAUUUGAGACUGAGGUGUAUUAUAUACAACAUUUGCUGAUGCUAGUCAUUCCAUUCUACUUACUCAAAAUUGGAGGUUCCUACACUGCUGAGUCUGUGUUAGACUUUAGCUGGGCAUUGGUGUCCAUGGGAGUCCUGUAUAUUAUAUACUUCGUACCUGUACAGUUACUUGCCUAUAUAUCUUGGGUGAACUUAAAUAACAUGUUGUGUCCAGCAGUAUCGGAUCCAUUCUAUGGGCCGUAUUAUCGAAUCUGUGCAAUGACACACCAGGCACUACUUAUACCAACUGGGGGCAAGUUUUUCACAUGGAUCUCCCAGAACGUGUUUUUGAAACCUUCCCUGAAGGAAGAGGAAGUGUCAGUGUUUGACAUUGACUGGGGUCAGGAUCAGUCAGCGUUGGACAAUCUCAGUGGAAAGAAUGGAGUAAUAUCUCAUCAGCCCAAUCCAAACAAUGGACACCUGAAGUCAUCUUGAGGGAACAGUCAUUAAUUAUACACAUUCAAACUGUUUCCUUCUGGACUUUGGUUUACGACUUUAGUUUUAAUAGUACUGUGUAAAAAAGGGACUAAACAUGGAAAUGUGCAGUCAUUUUAACUUUAUAAUCUAGUUAUGUAUUUAUUUAUAUAUCUAUUUGGAUAGAUUAACUGAACUUCAAAUUGCUAGUGAUUUUGUCUUGCCUUAUUGGUAGAGGUUGCUAGAAUCAAAACAUGAGUGUGUGAGCAUAAACAUGGCUAGAUAAGUUUUAGCAUUGUUAAGGAAAGCAUUAGAUAACGUGUUUAAUGAGAGGGCUUUGAAUAGGGUGUGGAUUGUAGCAAUUCUUCAGAAUCCUCCCCUUUUUCUUAAACAGAACUGCAAUAUUUCAUUAAUAGCUUACACUUCUGUGUUUAUUCCAUAGUAACUUAAGUACAGUAGGUACCAAGAUUUCAGUAUUACUCUUUACUAACUGUUCUAAGACAGAGUGAUGGCUAUAAAAAUAACUGAUGAAGGAUAGAAACAUUUAGAAUAUAUCAUUAAAAUGAUUCCUAGAUUGCUGUGGUCAUUCACUGUCAAAACACAGUGCAAUGGCCAACUCAUCUUUUAAUUCUCUUAACAAUACAUUUUUCUUGGUAUAUGAUUCAAUUCAGGGACAUAUGCGAGGUUUUUGACAUUCACUAAAAUUACUUUUACAUCACAAUAUGAACAGUUCUUGAAGGAUUUCCAAAAUGGGUUUAAAAUUCAUAUUGUAGUAAUAUUACUAUGCAUCAUAUAUUGGCCUGUUAGAUCACCUAACUAGUAAUGUAAGAGUACCAGGUUCCAUACCCAAUUGUUCCAAAGAUUUUUCUCUCCUUUGCUACAGUAAUGUCCAUUUUUACAACUUACCGUAAUACAUAAGAGCUGACUUUACAUUUUUACUUGCAACAACCAGAAACUAUCAAAAUACUAGGCUAACUCCAAAACAGACAUGGUAAUAUACCUAAAAAAAAUUGUAGAAAUGAGAUAGAACGCAAGUGAAUUGUAUUUGAAGUGUCACAAAAAACUGUAUAUUAGUAAGAAAUGUCAUGUAUGUCCUUAAUGAUGUGUCACUUGUUGUGAUGUAUUUUGCUAGUCGUCAAUUUCAACAAGUUGUGAUGUAGAACAUUAUCUCAGUGAGCCUAGGUGAUCCUUCUAAAACUGUGUGAGAUAUAAACCAAACUGUUUUACGGAUAUUCUGUUUAGGACAACACAGCACAGACUGUAUAUCACGUACACACAGAGUAAAUCUAACACAAAUAUACGCACGUGUACUGACCAUUGCAUGUUACCUAUCAAUAGGUCAAAUGGACAAUUACUUCAUUUUUAUUUAUUAAUGUACUUGAACCAGUCAAUUCAAUGACUUGUUAGAAAUGUACAAAGUGCAUAAAUUACAUGAAGGUUUUUAUGAUAAAUCAUUUAAAUAUUGCACUAGUCUGGGAUUUUAAAGUCCACUGUUAUAUUCUUAUCAGGAUGAAUGGUAAAUGUACAAUGUAAUUGUUAUUUCCCAUCACAAAGAAUUUGUGGGGAUGCUUUGAAUUUCAUGUAAUGAUAUAAUUUUUGUAUCGUUGAAAUAAUCUUUAUGUUUAAUGUCACGAGAUUACUGAUUGAACAUGGAGCUUGUAUAGUUAAUAACUAGAUAACUAUGCCCCCGUUAUGUUCACAUGGGUAGAAUUCCGGGCUUACCUUAGAGAAUCUGUAGUAGAAAGUACCUGUAAAACAGAUAGCAUUUAUAAAUAGUAUUAUCAGACCAGUUCAGGCAUGUGCAAUAAGUAGUUAAUACUGUGGUGUUUUUUUUUAUGGUUGGUAUUACUAUGUGUAUGGGGCUUUGCCUUGUACACUGGUAUCUCACAAUCUUUUGGUGGGUUUGUUUUUCAUGCAGAGAAAACCUGCAUAAGUUUAUUUAGUAUACAAGAAGUGUUAUUGGUUUAUAUAAACAUUCCUAUACAACUGUGUGUGGAAAUUGUACUUAUUCAAAAAAACCUUAUCCAAGGCCACAUACAUUUGUAAAAGUGUUAUUCAAGAUUUAAAACCACGGUACAGUUUUUAGAUUAACUGAUUUAAUUUUGAUGUGUUUUUCUCUUCUACUUAUCUUUAACAGUGUGACGAGAUUGCCUAGGUAAGUUUUAUGAUGGAGUACUUUCUGUUUGCAUAUAACAUGUACAUGCCACUGAACCUGGCAUCUAUUGAAUGAAAUAUACAGGGCCUUACUUGUACUUUCUGUUUACAUAACGUACAUAAUAUUGAACCAGGCGUUUGUUGUAUGAAAUGUACACGGUCUGACAAGACGGACAACUCUGACCAGAUAUGACAUUCUUUAAUGAAGAACGUAAAACAUUUUGAAAAUUGUUGUACUACAGUUUAACUUUGUGAGAGAGUUUUAACAUGAAAUUAUUUAUUUUUCUUAAACAUGUUCAGUAUAGGAAAGAAUGACUCCUUGAUGCAUAAUUCAGAUGUGUUAAUUUUCUGUUGUCUGUGAUUUUAUUAAACCUCAAAUUCCUUUGA